GGUUCAGUGGAAGAGUCAGGUGCCCUGGCUGUCGUUGUUGUUGUUGUUGUUGUUGUCAAGGGCCUGUGCGGCGGGGAAGGCGGGGCCUGGGAGGCAGGCAGGGGCGGGACAAGAUGGCGGAGGCAGAGAAUUGGACGAUGUCCUGAAUUUAGAAAAAUAGGAUUGCUUGGUUCUCCUCCUUAGGCUGCAAACUUCUGUACUGAAUGUUGCUGGAAGUGCACAAGGCCAUGGCAGAUGAGGAUGCUCAACCAUCUACACCAAGAGAGUGUGGCCCAUAUAUUUCUUCAGUCACCAGCCACAGCCUAAACUUGAUGCUUCGUGGGGUGGUCCUGUUUUUAAUAGGUGUUUUUCUUGCAUUAGUAUUAAACUUGUUACAGAUUCAGAGAAACGUCACCUUGUUUCCACCAGAUGUGAUUACAAGUAUCUUCUCAUCAGCUUGGUGGGUUCCACUUUGCUGUGGAACAGCAUCAGCUGUGAUUGGCUUAUUGUACCCCUGCAUGGAUAAACAUCUGGGAGAGCCACAUAAAUUUAAGAGGGAAUGGUCAAGUGUGAUGCGAUGUGUAGCAGUCUUCGUUGGCAUAAAUCAUGCCAGUGCUAAAGUGGAUUUUGCCAACAACAUCCAGUUGUCUCUCACACUUGCUGCACUUUCCAUUGGACUGUGGUGGACAUUUGAUAGAUCUCGAAGUGGCUUUGGCCUGGGCAUAGGAAUUGCAUUUCUAGCCACAGUGGUGACUCAGUUUUUGGUCUACAAUGGAGUUUAUCAGUACACAUCUCCUGACUUUCUUUAUGUGAGGUCCUGGUUACCCUGUAUAUUUUUUGCUGGUGGGAUAACAAUGGGAAACAUUGGCAGGCAAUUGGCAAUGUAUGAAUGCAAAGUUAUUGCAGAAAAGUCUCAUGAAGACUGAGAAGAGCAAAAUAUAUCUUUCUCACAAGAGGAUACAUGACAGAUGGUGAAGAGUACACAUUUUGGAGUACUUGACUAUGAAAUUGCCAAACAGCAGUCACCUUUCUCUUGUUUCUUCUGCUAUCAUCCCUGUAUCCCUGGCCUGCUCUAUUUGCAAAAAAACACUGUUUACUGCAAUUUGUGAUUGUUUCAUUUGAAGGUCACUUGAAAAUCUGAGCAUCCUGGGAUAGUAUCAGUGUGAAUUCACACUAGAAAGCAACAUGAUGGAUGAGAUGUUGGUUUAUAGUUGGAGUUUCUACUUUCUGAACUAAGCUUGGCUUGCUGUAUCACAUCUUUUUGCAUAAUAUUCCUGUGCCAAACCAAAGUGCUACUAUUUUUUUCUGCCUCUCACUCUCCACAGGCUGCAUUCCUUUUUAUUUAUUUUAGCACAGUUUGAUAGAUUUUGUGGUUUUGUUUUUUUAGUAUUACUCUUUUAUUAUUUGUCAUGUAGAAUAAUGAAUGAUGCAGCAGUGGUUUGAAAAUGCAUUUAGGUUAAAUCAAAAUUAAAAUCCCAGUGUUGUGAUUGUAGGAGCUGUAUGAAUAAAUCUACAAACACACUAGUUGCACACUAAGUGGAUUUAUACAUGGCCAAGCUUAACUGUCUGUCCUGUGUUGAUCUAUGCAUUGGAUGUAAAAAAUCAGCCUGUACCAUCUGCACUGCACAUAGGUAAGAUUGCCAUUGCAAUCACAAGUUCUGUGCCUGUAGUGUGUUUCAGUGGUGUCCCUUUAAAAAUAGGUAUAUGUUGUUGUAGGAAAUGACAUCUCACACCUGCAGCAACACCCCUGCUGCCUGGAUCAAGUGCUAAUGCUUGAGCUUAUCCAGAUACAGUAUAAGUCAUUCAUGAAUAGUACGUCUUCAUUUUGAAUACAGAAAAAACUCAGACUUCUUCAAGUUUGGUAAGAGAAGCCUUUCAUUCUCUUAGCCUGUACAUGUUGCUUGGAUUCUUGCAUACAUUCUGGCGACUGAUACAGUGUGCUAUGAACUUCUCUUGCAUAGGUCCUGCUGGGAUGAAUUUAUGGGAAGGUUCUGAUAGAAUUGCUGUAUUUUACAGUGAGAAGAUUCCAGUGGAGUGAGUUUGGUCAGGCAGACAAUUAGAAGACCCGAUUAUGGUAGUGGUUAAGUCUGCUGACCCUUAAGGUUGAGGAAUGUGAGAAUGGUGAAGUAAUAGCUUACUGAUGAGGAAGUCCAGUUGUUGACAAAAAGAGAAGCUUAACCUGAAUUUAUUUUAAAACGGCUAGUUUCAUUGCUUCUAUCGUAUUCAUUUAGCCUAUGCAAGCUGCUGGGGCAUUUCAUUCUUUCUCUCUCUCUUUUUUUAAAGAAUACCUUUUAAAGGAAAUACUGUAUGAAAGAUUUUGUUAUAUGUGUUACAGUUACUCAAAGAGGCUGAGCUGGUCCAAAGAACUGAUAUGUUUAAUUGUUUCAUUUUUCUUUUUUAACAUGUAAUGUUUAGGAACAAGGUGGAACAGGCAAGCAGAGCAGCAUUUUUAAGGCUUGCAUAGUAAUAUGUGAAUAAUAUAUAGUGGCAGCUUUGAACAAAAUGCUACUCGAAGGACUAUGUGCAAUCAAUAAAAGAAAAUGAAGAUCAAUAGGCAUAAGUUCUGUUAGCUGCUAGUAGAGUGGACUCACUGAAUACAUAAGUGUUGAUUUGUCGACUUACCAUUGAUUGAAUGGGUCUACUCUAGUAUGAAAAAACAGUAGGAUUAAGGCUAAUAAUAUGCAAAAUAUCAGUAACUCCAGCCUUCUACUAGCUGUUGCAACUUUAUACCAUUGCACUACAAUGCCUCUAGAGUUAAGCACUUAAGUAUUAGUGCAUCUCCUUAUCUUCUUCUUCUCGCUAUGAUAUGUGCAGCAUGAUAUAUACGUUGUGUGAUUUUAUUUUAACAUGUCUCUAUCAGAGAAUGUCAUUUGGAAUUGUUGAGAUGCUUUAAAACAAGAAAUUAAAAAUUAAGUUUAAUUUAAAAAAUUAAACUAAUGGAGAUAGAUGCUUAAAAAUUAAACUAAGUAUUCUUGUCCUGGUGUAGCAUCAUUCAUAACUAAAUCAAUGUUUCUGUUAAUUCAUAUUUAUGGAUCAACCCUGUUUAAAGUCUUUACCUGAUUGUCUUAAAAUUAUGGUAUGAGAAUAUUUUUGAAGGCUUAAAUCUGAUGAUUUAAAAGAAUAUAUGUUGAUUAAACUGAUGUAUCCAUUGUACCACUGAAAACUAAAAAAAGUGUGAGAGGGAAGGUGUUUCAGGGAGCUGCAUCAGGGAUCUCUAAUUUAAUAUUUUCUGUCCGAUGCUUGGAUGCUUCAAGGCCUUUUCUUGAAGUUAAUAAUCAAAGAGCUAGUGUGUGUAGUUUUAAAAAAGAUAUCAUAUUUUGCUCUGUGUUAUGGUGCAGGGCGGAUCUUGUUCUGAAAAGCUUCUGUGGAAUGAAACAGAACUCUGGUUUGCCACAAUUUACUGAAUCUAGAUGGCAUGAAAUGUGAAUGGAAUUAUGAAGGUAUGAGAGGCUCUUAUGUAAUACCUCAGUUUACAGUGUGGCAUGUGUUAGCUUCAAUGAUGCCCCCUUCCCCAGGUUGUGUUAAUUAACCUUAUGAAUGACACUAUAUUCUUUAACAAAGUAAACUUUGGAGUGAUCUCAAUUCAUUGCUAAUUCAAGACAUACUCUUAUCACAUGGUCUUUGCAACCACCUGUAAAGAAGCUCUCACAACCACCUUAUUCAGCAGCUCCAUGCAAUUUAAAUGGGGUGAUAAACUUUAAACACAUGAAGACAUAUCUCUUAACCAUUUCAUAUUAACUUAAAGAUGGAGACUGACACCAGGCAUUACGAGUCAUGUUUUGCUUUGCAUCAGGGAUAAUAAGUGGGCAUUUUGAAAAUAUUGCUGGGAAUAUUCUGAGCAACAUGUCCAGUUUGAGAGACAGUAAUGCAACAACUGUCUGUGUAUCAUCUCAGUGUCAUUUCCCCCCCUGUUAAGUAGUUUUUAAUGUAAUGAAACCUAAGUUGAUUUUAUGUACCUACCAGACAGUACUUGGAAUUUUGAGAGGUGAGGUUUGUAAUGGGAAUGCCUUAAUUACAGUGGUGGGAAGAGGCAGCUACUGUAUAAUGUGUAAUUACAAUAUUAGACUGUCUUCAAAAUGUUCUAUAGAGGAUGAAUAAGGUAUAUUUUAGAUACAACUUUAUAAGCACUAUAAACUCUUCACUAGUUGUGAAUUGUAAAGGCUGAUGAUGUUUACUUCUUCAAAUUGCUGAUAAAAGCAAAAUAUGUAUUAAAUAUAAUUACAAUCUU